AUGGGUCUCUCGGUGGAUAACGGCAGCGGCUCGGCCACCCUCACUCACAAAGUGUUCCUCCUCACCAACUACGCCCUCAUCGGCGCCGCCUCCAGCUGCGCCUUCCUCACCCUCUCCCUCCGCCUCAUCCCCUCCCUCACCGGCGCCCUCCUCGUCCUCCUCCACGCCGUCACAAUCGCCGGCGCCGUCUCCGGCUGCGCCGCCGCCUCCCGCGGCGGAUCCAGGCUCUACGCGGCCCACAUGGUGGCCACCGUCCUCACGGCCAUCUUCCAGGGGUCCGUCUCAAUCCUGAUCUUCACCCGGCCCUCAGACUUCGUGGACCGACUCAGGUCGUAUGUGCGGGAGGACGACGCCGUCGUCAUACUGAAGCUCGCGGGCGGCCUGUGCGCGGCGAUCUUCUGCCUCGAGUGGGCGGUGCUGACGCUGGCGUUCUUUUUGAAUUAUUAUGCUUACGUGGAGAGGAGGGGCGAAUGUGGGAAUAGCAAUAGUUGUGGGAUGAGAAGUGGGAAAGUGGGGCAUGAUGAUGAGGUGGAUUUGAAGACUCUGCCCUGGCAAUUUCGAGUUUAA